GGGCGGAGCCUCCGCGCAAGAUGCACUGCGCCGCGCGACUGCGCUGCGGGAGCCGGGACAGGGCCUGAGACCUGGUGGAAGCUGGGUUGAAAAAGUAACCAAAUCCAGAGGCUUGCGGACUGAAGAGGUGUUCCUCUCCCACCGACAAGCUUCACCAUGAUUCACAGUCUUUUCUUGAUCAACUCCUCUGGAGAUAUUUUCCUGGAGAAACACUGGAAAAGCGUGGUCAGCCGUUCUGUGUGCGAUUACUUUUUUGAGGCCCAAGAGAGAGCCACGGAGGCAGAAAAUGUGCCUCCGGUUAUCCCCACCCCGCACCACUACCUCUUGAGUGUUUAUCGACACAAGAUCUUUUUUGUGGCCGUGAUUCAGACAGAGGUUCCGCCUCUGUUUGUCAUUGAAUUCCUUCACCGAGUAGUGGACACGUUUCAGGACUAUUUUGGAGUCUGCUCAGAGCCAGUGAUCAAGGACAAUGUGGUUGUGGUCUACGAGGUAUUGGAAGAGAUGCUGGACAAUGGGUUCCCCUUGGCCACUGAGUCAAACAUCCUCAAAGAACUGAUAAAACCCCCCACCAUUCUCCGGACAGUGGUCAACACCAUUACAGGAAGCACCAAUGUGGGGGACCAGCUUCCCACCGGGCAGCUGUCGGUGGUGCCUUGGCGACGGACUGGGGUGAAGUAUACCAACAACGAGGCCUAUUUCGAUGUGGUUGAAGAGAUAGACGCCAUCAUCGACAAGUCAGGUUCCACAGUCACCGCUGAGAUCCAGGGGGUGAUUGACGCCUGUGUGAAGCUGACCGGGAUGCCAGACCUCACCCUGUCCUUCAUGAACCCCAGGUUGCUGGACGAUGUUAGCUUCCAUCCCUGUGUCCGUUUCAAGCGCUGGGAAUCUGAGCGCAUCCUCUCCUUCAUCCCUCCUGAUGGCAACUUUCGCCUGCUCUCCUACCACGUCAGUGCACAAAACCUGGUUGCAAUUCCAGUCUAUGUCAAACAUAGUAUCAGCUUCCGGGACAGCAGUUCACUUGGACGCUUUGAAAUCACAGUGGGACCCAAGCAGACCAUGGGAAAGACAAUAGAGGGUGUGAUUGUUACCAGCCAGAUGCCCAAAGGAGUCCUGAAUAUGAGCCUCACUCCAUCCCAGGGGACACACACGUUUGACCCUGUGACAAAGAUGCUGUCUUGGGAUGUAGGAAAAAUAAACCCACAAAAGCUGCCAAGUUUGAAAGGGACAAUGAGUCUUCAGGUCGGAGCUUCUAAACCAGAUGAGAACCCCACAAUUAACCUGCAGUUUAAGAUCCAGCAGCUGGCCAUUUCUGGACUCAAAGUGAACCGUCUGGAUAUGUACGGAGAGAAGUACAAGCCUUUUAAAGGCAUCAAAUACAUGACCAAAGCCGGGAAGUUCCAAGUUCGAACCUGAAGGGCACGUGUCACUGGAGGAGCAGUCACGAACACUUUUUCCUUUCUUACUUGUCUAAAAGUAAAAUGUCAGCCUGUUUCUUAGGUCAGUUCCCUCCAGGCUCCAUCUGCUCCCCUUGUCUUCAGUCUUCAAUGCCACGGAACUGGUCAAGGGAGAAAAGGUUCAUGGGAAAACAUGGCCAAACCCAGCACGGCACCAAUUGAGUUCUAGAGAUGUGUGUGCUGGAGAGCAGUGAUCCGAGAUAUUGUAUCUCACUACUUUUAACAUGGGGGGAAAAAAAUGACCAGCAUCUGCUGUUUGUUUGGGUUUAACUAUCUAGAUCCAGUGGAAGAUGUCUCUAUUAAAUUUUUUUUUUAAAGAUAGAAAAAUUUAAAAGACAAAAAAAAAAAAAAAAUUGGAAGAAAAACGAGUGUGAGUCCAAGAAAAACCAGUUGCAGAUUGGAUAUGUGGGUCUGGGUUGUAACUCAGUGGCAGUGCUGGCCAAGGCCGGGUACAAACCCCGGUUCAUCCCUAACACCUCCCACAGUGGAAAGCAGAUCUGCUGUGUGAGGGACAAGACAGAGGAGCUGCUGAUAUGAAGAGUUGUGAUGAGAGAUAUUCAAGUGAAGGGCGGGCCAGAGAGUGAUCAGAGUUUCCACGGGGGCUGCGGGGAGCAGGGGGCUGCGGGAAGCAGGGGGCUGCGGGGAGCAGGGUGGAGUCCUUUCUUUCUGACCCUUCUCAUGCAUAGAAAGGAUUUGCAUGCCUAGGACUUUCAAAGUUCAGGUCCACACUUCAUGUGAAAUCGCAAUGGAAUCAGUUUCCCUUGGAGACUGGAGUACGAUGGCCUGGCCUUUAGAAUCCCGCUUGGGCUUGCUUUCUGUGCUGGCCCAUCACCGUGGUGGGAAGGUGACCGGCCAGAGCAGUUUUACAGUCUUUUCCUGGCUGUCUGACUCCUCGGUGGGAGCUCCCCCAUAACAGUGUUCGGUGCAGCCAGAUUUUAUGAAUUAUAGUAGUGGAAUUGAGAUGGGAACUCCUGUCCCACAAAGUGGACCUUGCCUAUACGCGGUGACUCCAUUAGUGUUUGUCAGGCUGGAUUGGCCCUAAGCCUCGCCCUUUCCUGUCUGAAGGUUCCCCUCAGAAGCCCCAAGUGGGCACGGGCACACUGAGGACAUGAGUCCAUGACUGCUUCCCACCAUCUGUGCACUGUCAUCUACCUGUUGACAGCAGACAGCUCCCAGGCCGCUUUUAAGAGAGAAAAAAAAAAGGCAUUGUGAACCUUUGAAUAAAAUCAAAUGCCAUAGGAGGGCAGUCUGUGUUCUCUUGAGUGACCCACCAGUUUAAACCAUGGCAGCUGAAGGAGCAUGACUUUCCUAAAGAGUGUUUCUCACUCUGUUUCAGUGUGUCCGUUGCUCAUUUUAAUAUCUACAUCAGUGGUGGGGUUUGUUGUUUUUUAACUUACAGUUUAGGGGGCAGCUUGUGCUCUGUUGUGCAUGAAGGGAAGGAAAAAUCUGUUUCCUCUCAUCUGAACAACUCUCCCCUAAAGUCCUGUUUAUAAGUACUUGUGCUUAUUCAUUUUUUAUUUUUAUUUUCUGGCCAGUUUUAUCUUGCUGUGGCCAGUGCUUAGUUUUGCUGCCAAGUGGAGUUUUUCUGUGGUUUUCUUGUGGGGUGAACUGUGCUGUGUACAACCAGCUGAUUCUUACCGCUCCAGUCCCAAAUCUGGACUAGCAUAGCUCCACACACCCAGUGUCGAAGGAGACACUCUGCAGAUGACUUUCAGAAUGGGAAGUCACUUCCACAGGCCCCGCAGGAUUCCGAGGUUUCUUGGGUCACAGGAAACUGUUUAUAUUGGUCCUUGACUAUGUUUAGGAGGUUCCUUUAUUCCGUCUAGCACAGUAUAGCUUGUCUGCCUAGAAAGAGACAGUGUUGGAAUGUGGGACCUGCAGGCCUAGACAUCGUGGAUAUAGCCAGGCUUGGCUGUCCCCACCCAGGUACUGUCAGUCAGCAGGGGGGAUGUGCGGGGUGUCUCAAUAGCUCCUCACUCUGUGGGGUCCAUGUGCAGAAGUAGUCUUUCUGUUUAAGUCUUAAUAAAGCUUUACCAGUCUUCCA